CAGCAAUACCACUCUCACUCGCCAUACCGAAAGAAGCUAGCAGGGUAGCCACCAACGAGAGCAAGGCAUGCAUGGAGCUCGCAGCGGCGGCUCUGGGAAGCCUCCUCCCCAAGCUUAGCACCCUUCUCAGCGAUGAAUACAAGCUGCAGAAGGGGGUCAGGGGGGAGAUCAGGUUCCUUCAAGCUGAGAUGGAGAGCAUGCAGGCUGCCCUUAACAGGGCGUCGAAGCUGCCGGCUCAUCAGAUUGAUGAGCUUAACAAGAUCUGGGUGAGGGACUUGAAGGAGCUGGUCUAUGACGUUGAGGACAGUGUUGAUGCUUUCAAGGUUCGUGUCGAUAAUGAUCCUGAACACGCCAAGGCGCAUAGCUUCAGAAGAUUUUUCGACAGGACCAUUGGCUUGCUGACCAAGGCCAAGAGUCGCCAUCAUAUCGCUGAUGACAUCCAAGACAUCAAGAGACGCAUCGAUGAGGUUUCCAAAAGGAAAGAAAGGUACAACUCUUUAGGUGUUGGAGUGCCACAGCCUGACACUGUCGAUAUUGAUCCACGCAUGCCGUCUCUCUACCAAGAUGCAGCAAAGCUCGUUGGCAUCGAUGGCCCUACACAGAAGCUUAUCGACUUGCUAACAAGAGUAGAAGGUGUGAAAAAACAGAAGCUAAGGGUUGUCUCUAUUGUUGGGGUGGGAGGCCUGGGCAAAACAACCAUUGCCAAUUCCGUGUAUGAAAGAUUACGGGGACAAUUUGAGAGUCAUGCUUUUGUGUCGGUGUCACUUAAACCAGACAUGAAGCAGAUUCUCAGCAGCAUACUCCGGCAAGUUAGUAAAGACAAGUGUACUAAUGCUGGAGAAAAGGAUCGGGAUGAACUUCUAAGGAGCAUCCGGGAUUUCCUCGUCAAUAAGAGGUACCUCAUUGUAAUUGAUGAUGUAUGGAAUGUAGAAGCAUGGGAAAUCAUCAAAUGUGCUCUUAUUGACAAGAAUGUUGGCAGCAGAGUUAUUGUGACAACCCGUAAAAUGGAUGUGGCUAAAUUCUCUUCAAUGGAUGGUGAGCUGUAUGAACUGGAUCCUCUCUCUGAGAAGGACUCCAGAAGACUUCUUUGUAAAAGGAUAUUUAACGAAGAUGUUGGAAUUCAUUCUGAUCUGGAAGAGGUAACAAUGAAAAUUUUGAAGAAGUGUGGAGGGAUACCAUUAGCUAUCAUUACUAUAGCAAGUAUGUUGGCUAGUAUGCCCAGAACAAAGUAUGAAUGGUAUGGUGUUCACAAUUCUAUGGGUUCUGGACUUGAAACAGACAAGACACUAGAUAAGAUGAGAAAUAUAUUACAUCUUAGUUAUAGUGAACUGCCUUUCUAUCUAAAGCCUUGUUUAUUAUAUCUGAGCAUGUUUCCCGAGGAUUUCGAGAUUCGAAUAAAUGAUUUGGUACGACUUUGGUUAGCAGAGGGUUUUAUCUAUGGAAAACAGGGGAGCAAUUUGUAUGAUAUUGGAGAGAAGUAUUUCAAUGAGCUUGUUAAUAGAAGCAUGAUUCAGCUGGUAGAAAUCAAUGAAUUUGGUGUUGCAAAAACUUGUAGAGUACACGAUAUGAUACUUGAUCUCAUCAUUUCCCUUUCAACACAAGAAAAUUUUGCCAUUAUACUUGACGGUUCGCACCUCAAAUCUACAAUGCACAGUAUUCGACGAAUAUCAUUGCAUGAUAAAGUAGAUGGCAACCGAGAAGAUAGCAAGGAAGAACAAAUUAUACUACCAACAACAGUAAGCAUAUCUCAUGCCAGGUCACUCGUUGUUUUGGGCAAUGCAGUUCAAUUGAUGCCACCUCUGUCAUGGUUUUCAGUUCUUCGUGUUUUAUGUUUGAAAAAUGUUCCUAGUAAGGUUAUUCAUCCCAAGGAUCUAGGGAGUUUGCACCACUUGAGAUAUCUAGAAUUAGGUGGAGAGGUUGAACCAGGGCUUCUAGAAGGAAUUGGAAAUCUAAAGCUUCUGAAGACAUUGAAUCUAAAGCUUCUGAAGACAUUUAAUUUGUGGGGCCCGUCCAUAGAAGAACUGCCAACAAGCAUUGUUGAGCUACAAGGACUUGAACAUCUAUUAAUGGAUAAGCGUAAGCUUACGGGGUUGAAGCUUCCAGAUGGGAUUGGUAAUCUGACUUCCCUGCAAGAGCUGUCAGGGCUCGAUGUGAACAACUCACCAAGUACUCUGACUGAGCUAGGUAAGCUUACAGAACUACGGACGCUGGCACUAAAAGGAUUAGGUGAAAAUGAGAGUUACAUGAAGACUUUCUUGCAGAGUCUAUCAAAUCUAGGCAACCUUCGCACUCUUGAAUUUUAUAGUAGCACUGGAACCAUUUCCCUAGAUAACAUGUCAGAUCAAUGGAGGGGUCCUGUACAUCUACAGAGCUUUAAUGGGGGCGUUUCAACCUUCUUUGCGUUGCCACGGUGGUUUUCGUCCCUCUCUGAGCUAUCCUGCUUGUUCAUCAGGGUCAAUGUGCUAAGACAGGUUGAUCUCCAACUGCUUGGAGCUUUACCCGUGCUACGUAUUCUAUACUUACAAGCAGCAUCUCGUGGCGUCACUGAAGAACGGUUGGCCAUUGGUGGUGACCAGUCCUUCCGCUCUCUAGCAAAGUUUAGGUUUAUGCACUAUUCAAGCUGCUGGCUGGUGUUUGGACCAGGAGCGAUGCCAAAGCUUCAAAGCUUUGGGUUGUACUUAGAAGCACAGAAGACAGCGAGUGGUGGUAUCGAUGUUGGCUGGGAGAACCUCACGUCCCUUAAACAUGUAACCGUCACAGUUGACUGUGAUGGAGCCAGGGCCAGGAAGGUGGAGGAUGUCGAGACCAGAAUCAGGGAUGUAGUUGGCAGCCAUCCGAACCAUCCAACUCUCGAGCUGUCAAGAGUUUCGGAACAAUUCAUGACGUAGGAUGAGGACAAAGAUGUCCGUGAGGCUUCGGAGCAGCAAAGUGUCAUAUGAUUGGCUAUCAGUUAGGACUUGCAGACUGCCGACGACGGAAAGGAAGUUAAGCCAGGUGUCCGAUUGGGACUUGCAGGCUUCCGAAUUCGAUUCUUAGCCAUCCAUAAUCUAAUAUUUUCCUAAAAUAAUCCUUCUUUGGUGUCCUCCCCUGUUUCUAUUUGUGUUGCCCCCUGCUUCUAUUAUUGUCCUUCCCAAUUCUGCUUUGCACCCCAAUCUGGCAUCUCUUUGCCGCAUCCCCCCAUUGUUCACGUCCUCAUUUGCUGCACGCAAGUUUCUAAGUCAUUCCAUCAGUUCACAACAUUUCACUUUACUAGCAUUUCUCCAUAGUUUAUUUGUUUCGCACCAAAUUAUGCUUCUAUAAACCAAAAAAAAUUUCUCUAUUAUGAAAGAAAAACAAUAUCAUCCAUUGUUAUAAAAAAAACUCCAUUCUAUGCUUGAAAAAUAGAUCCACUCCUUAUCAAAAAACAAAAAAAAAGUCUGUUAUUAUGCUUUUUGGUGUCAUGCACCCUUUAAACAAAAAAAAAUCACCUCUAUUUCAGCUUGUUGUUUUGAGUCUUCCAAUCAGUCAGUGCCAUUAUGUUACUACACACAUUUCACUUCUAUUUGGAUUUCUCCGUACUCUAUUUCCUGUUCUUGCUUAGUUCUCCGCUUUAACAAAAAAAAAGUCCAUCUCUAUUAUGCAUAAAAAAAUAAAUCAACCCUUGUUAUCAUUAAUAAUCCUAUUUUGGUGUUCUUGAAAAAUAACCCCCCCCCCUUGUUAUCUUAAACAAAAAAAAACUCUUUGUUGUGCUUAAAGACUAAAUCUGUCCCUGCUGUCUUCCCUCCUUUAAUAAAUCAAAAAAACACCUUGUGUUCUUGAAAACUGAGCCCUACCCCACACCCGACCCCCACUGUAAACAUCCAUGAAAAAAAAAAUGCUGUUCACAUGCUUGAUAAUUUGGUCACAUCCUUUCUGUCCUUCGAAUGUAUUGAACAAGCCAAUGUCAUGCUGCUCCAACAUAUUCAGCUAAUUUCCCUUCAGACCUGGCCUUCAUAUUGGAUGCAUUUUCCACCAAUUUGACUUUUCGGAGAGAAACAAUUAUCCUGCACAAUGGGCAACAUUUGUAGUAGCUUUCAAGAUUUUAUUACUUUGUUUGGGACUUGGAGUGUUCAUUAUAAUAUGGCUUUACCAUUUAAAUAAAUGUGGACAUGGACUUGUGUACUUAUGGACUUAUGUAAUGAGGGCUUAUGUUGUUGGUCAACUUUCAUUAUCUUUGAGUUACUUGUGUGUAUGGAAGGCAUUUAGCAUUUUAAGUAUGCUUUUCUAUUAUUGAAAAAACACAUUGUUGUUCCAUAAAAAACAUAUUGUUGUUUAAUUACUGGCUGGCUGAUUGUUUUGGCCACGCAAGCGGUCA